AAGGUCAUGUGACAGGUUUGUUUUCAUUUUGCGAGGAUAGAAGAACACAGACUAAAACUUGUGCAAGAUGUAGUUUAGAACCGGGAAUCCAUACUAGGAAGUAAGAGAAGAAGCAGCCAUGUCGGCACCCACUGUGCCCUUUGCCAGGAGUGGACAACAAGUGGCAUCGUCCCCUGGGUCACAGGUGUCCUCAUCCCCUACCCUUGUGUCUUAUCCUCAGAAUGAUCGGAUCAUUCAGGAUAUUUCUGAGUGCAUAGCUGACCUGAAGUCGGACUUCGAGGACAAUCAGCAGCCACUGACCGAUGACAAUCAACAACUUCAGCGGUUCUGUGCCAAACUGGAGUACCUGCUGAGAGCCGACAUGAAAGAUAAGUACACAAUACUGGGGAAGAAGAAGGACUACUGGGAUUACAUCUGUGACUGCUUGGGAUCUACAAAGGGGAUCAAUGAUGGGAUUAAGUAUGUGAAAACACUUGGAGAUUACAAGACUUCUGUGGGUAAGGGCCGAGCCUUUCUGCGCUUUUGUUUGAUGCACAACAGAAUGGCGGACAGUCUGCAGGCCUGUAUCAUGAACGGAAAAGUCACAAGUGACUAUUUUCACCCAAAGUCAAUAUGGCUGAAUCACGACAAAAGCAGCUCCCUGAUCAGUAACCUUUAUGACCUCACUGACCUUCAGUUCGACCUUGCACCCAGGGGUUAUGACCUUGACAAUGCCUGGCCAUCAUUUGCCAAGAAAACCCCAGGAAAUCAAAACUGGAACCCCCCAAGUCGAGCGGACAGCAUGAGCAGUCUAAUCAGUAUUCCCAUUCAGGAGAAUCGACGUGGAGAAUCUUUUAGCGAGUCGUUUGACGUGGAGAACAGUCUGAGACAGGAGUAUGGCGACCAGAUCGAGGCUCUGGAGCAGCAGAAGAAAAGUCUACAGCAGUCUGUAGUCCACACAAAGUCCGAGAUAGAAAUCAUCCAGGGGCAGUACGCUGAUCUAAAGACUCAGCACGAGGCACUGACAGUGGAAAAUAAGGAGCUUCAGAAGAGCCAUGACAGAAUGUGUCUGGAGGUGGAAUCCAAAGAGAAGGAGAUGCAGAUGAGGGGGGAGGUUCACCAGAGAGAGGUGAAGAGUUUGGAGGAAGACCUGAAGAAGAGGGAGGAGGUGGGGCAAAGCCUCCAGGAGAAGAUUGACAGGCUGGAGACCUCCCACCAAGGCAGCCAUGACAGUCUGAGGACUCAAGUCUCAGAGCUGGAGAAGAGCAAUGCUGACCUUCAGAUGCAGGUUAGGAAUCUAAUGUCAGACCUUGCAAACAGCAUUGAGGGGGAUUCAAAGAAAUCCGAAGAAAUCUCCAGCCAGGAAGCAAAGGUAAAAACUCUGGAGUCCAAAAACCAGGAGUUACUUCAGCGCAUUGAAAAUAUGAUUGCUAGUAAAGAUAGCGAGGCCUCGGCUAGGAUGGACUCGGUCAAUCAAAUGCAGGGACUUGUGGGAAAUCUGAAAGAGGUGGAGGCCGAGAAACUUCGACUAGAGACUCAGCUAGCGGAAAUCAUGCGGGAGAACGAGUCAAGGCGGUCACAGAUAGAGGUAAUGGAGAAAGAGAAAGUGGAGGGGGAAGAGAAGUGGCAGCAAGUUGUGGGUGAGCUGGAAAGGAAAGUCAAAGAGGUGGAAGAUAACGCCGAGAAAGAGAGAGAAAAUAACAAACAAAGGACAGAGGAAAUCAGAGCAGAACUCAGUGAUUUGGUGACUAAACUAAGCAAUGCUGAAGAAAGAUCUCAAAGCUUGGAGAAAGAGAAAGCUAGUCUGGAUGCUGAAUUAUGUGAGAAUAAGAAGUGCUUAGAGGAGAAGAAGAAAGAGAUCACUGAACUUGGUAUACUUGUUGAACAAAUGAAGAAGGACCAGAGUGUUCAAGUGUCUGACCUCCAGGACAAAUUGAAGGUUCAGGAAUCCAAGGUUCAGGAGAAAGAAGAACAGUUAAAUGAAACUCAAACAAAAAUUUCCAAUUUAGAAUCUUCUCUUGAAGAAAAAACAAGUGCCUGCUCCAAGCUCAAUGAAAAAAUGUCGCAUCUUUUACAUGAAAAAGAGAACCUUGAACAAAGCUGCUCCAAUCUACGAACAGAACUAAAGCAUGCAAAUGAAAAGAAUGAACUGGUUAGUAAUUCUAAGGAAGAAAACCAGAAACUGGUGGAAGAGAAACUUCAGGUUAUUGAAGACAAGGAUAAAACCAUGGAAAGCAUGCUUCAUUCUGUCAAGUGGGUUCUGUCGGAGGAUGGGGACAGCCAGCUUGGACAGGUACCAGCUGUUGAAGGAAACUCAGAAUUUUCAUCGGUGCUAGAAAAGUUAUGUGAUCAUAUAAACUCUGUAAAAAAUAAAUUAAAUGAAGUGUCCAUGGAAAAGUCUAGGAUUCAUAAUGAUUUAAUUGAAAGCAAGCAGACACUGAAAAAUCAAAGUACUGAAAUAUCCAAACUUCAGGCAGUAAACCAGAGUUUGCAACAAGAAGUUCAAACUACAUUAGAUGCUCAAGGGGAUCUACAGAAGACAAUGUCGGAAGUAGACAAUGUCUUAUCAGAAACCAAAGAAAGAGUUGUGGAGUUGGAGGAAAAGCUGAGGGAGACUGAGGCGCAGCUACAGGAAGCAGUGACGGAGAGCGAGGGAUUUAAUGCACAGAACAUAAAAUUACAGGAGGAAAUUAGCAUAAUGAAUGGUGAAAUCGCAGCCAUGAGGGAAAAAUCUUCAAAAACAGAAUCUGAGCUACAACAAAGCUGUCAGACCAACAAAGACAAUACAGAAGUCAGGAAAUCGCUGGAGGAGAAAAUCAGCCAGAAGGAGCAGACAUUGUUGUCUCAGUCUCAGAUGAUUGGGCAGCUACAGGAGAAAGUGUCCUCACUUGAGGAACAAGUCCUCAGACACCGGGAGGAGGCUCACCAGUGGAAGGACAGGCUCAAGGAUCUUACCUCGGAACAUGAACACCUGACAAAGCAAUAUGAGGAACUUGUUCAGAAAAACAGUGAAGUCCAAAAAACUAUUGAACUCAUGCAGGAAGAGAAGAAUGAGUUGGAGGACAAAAAGAAAGCUGUGCAUACAAAGCUUUUUGAUGUAGAGCGGGAAUUAUCUGCGAUGCAGGAGGAGAAAAAGAAACUGUGUAAAGAUCACAAGACUCUUGUAGGUCAAAUGGAAAGUGAAAGAACAGACCUGAAGGUGAAACUAGAGGAGGCUAUGAGUGAUGUUCAUACUAUUGGAGAACAGCUGAAGGAUACAUCCUCCCAGUUGGAAGCAGUGGACAGUGAGAAGGAGAGAGCAGAGAGUGACAAACAGGAGCUAGAACAACGGCUGAGUGAGCUACAGAACCAGCUGAGUGAGGCGGAACAACAAAAGAACGAGGCUGAACUGAGCCUGAGGAAUGUCCAAGAUGUCAGUACAGGUGUUGAAGAAGAAAAGAGUAAGUUGUUGGAAGAACUGGAGAAAUUGCAGACGGAGAGUUCAGAACUUUCUCAACAAAUAGAAACACUAAAGGAAUGUGGAGAGUCUCAGCAGAGUGAGAUUGGUAGACUCCAGACAAAACUAGCUGAAGUGGAGGCUGAACUUGAACAAAAAAGCAGUGAUUGGGAGAGUAAGAAACAUGAAAUGGAGGAAAAGAUUCUUGUGUUAGAAAAGACAUUGUCAGAAAGUGACUCAGUCAGAGGCUCAACAUUGGAGAUAGUAAAAGAGUUGGAGAAAGAGAUAAGUGAAAAAUCAAAGACUGUUGAAAAGUUGGAGCAGUCUUUAGCGGAAGCCAUGACAGAAAACCAGAGUCUAAUGGUGAGUAGGGAGGAGGGGGAGACGUCACAGGGUCGACUGGUGUCGGAGAUAGAGACACUGAAGCAGGAGAUCACGGCACUCAACUUCCAGCUCAGCUCUGACCAAAUUGAACACGAGAAGUCCUUGCAGAGCUAUGCUUCCAAAGAGAUCGAUUUGAAGAGCUAUGAAGAGAAACUUCAUGAGAAAGAGUCACUGACGCAGACCCUACAAGAGGAACUGCUAACGAUUAAACAAGCGAGGGAGACAGAGGCGAUUAACAUCAACAAAGAGAUUGAAGACUUGAGCUCCCAAGUGUCAUCAUUAGAGAAAGAGAAAGAAGUGCUUGCAGGAGAAUUAUCGCAGGUGUGUACAGGUGCAAACACACAGAAAACAAAAGAUCUACAAAGUAAAGAGAGCCUCUGUUCUCAGCUUAGGGCACAAGAAGAAAAACAGAAAGAUGAGUUGAAUUCUAUUGAGGAGAACAAGGACAUGGAGAUCUCACAACUGAAAAGUGACAUGAAACAGUUGAAAAAGAAAAUUGUCCAGCUGACAAAGGAGAAAGACAAUCUUUGGCAGCAGACAGACCGCCUAACUUACGAACAGAAGAUGCAGUCAACCGCGAAGUGGAUGGACGAGAAGUCGGUCACACACUGCCUGGGCUGUAAAACCGAGUUCACCUUCAUGGUUAGAAAGCAUCACUGUCGGCUGUGUGGUCGGGUAUUCUGUUACAACUGUAGCAACAAUUUUGUAGACUCUACAUAUAGCAGGGUCCCAUUAAGUAAGAAGUCCCGGGCCUGUAAUCUGUGUUACCAGAAGUAUACCCAGUCUGAUGCCCUCAGUACCUCAAUGAUCAGUCGCCUACAGGAGGAGGAGGGGCCAGAGAGUGAAGAGGAGGAGCAGACCUCGCCCAAAGUCCUCAGUCCCCCCGUCCCAGCUGAAGAUCCAGAAAACUCCAGUCUUCAGACCAGCAGUGUUAGUGAGAAUCAUACUCUGUCCACUGAAACUUUGGGUCAACCAGAGGUCAGCAACCCUCCCCAACAUACCUCCACCCCCAUCAAAGACCCAGGGAGGGGACAGUCCACACCGAACCUUGAGACGGCCCCCAGGGAGAACGUGGAAGCAGAGGAGGCUGUGGUACCUGGACAGGUGGCAGCAAACAUCUCCAUCUCUGUAGUCGGACAGAAUGAGACAGACGAAGUGAAGAGAGUUAAAAAGGGAAGUGUAGGGGAUGGAGCGGAGGGUUUGACCAAGGAUGAAAUCUUCCACCUGGUCAGUGAUGAGGAGAUUGCGAGAUCCCAGAGCGCUUCGUCUGAUGACUACCAGUACCAGGAUCCCAACCCAAAUGUCACCACUGGUACAGUCAUUAAGGCAGCAGAGCUUGAGAAAGGGGAGGUAAACAACUCAAGUGAAUACUGGAUCAAGCCGGGUAAAAGUCAUGCCAUUCCCGUGGUGAUUGAUAAGCAGAACACGGUGCUGUGCUGGGAGUUCACUUCCCAACCCAAGGAUGUGAUCUUCAGUGUGACCUACGUGGAGUUUGACCGGCCUGACCCCACCCUCACUCACUUCCUGGUACCGGCCUGUAAGUGUGAUUCCCACAAACAGGCAGUCCGAGGGGAGCUGACCGCCAAGCAGACCGGUGUCUACUCACUGCUGUUUGACAACACCUACUCCAGAAUAACGUCCAAAAAAAUCAGCUACUCCUUGUGGACCAGACACCUGGGGAGCUGAGGUCGAAGGACAGUGGACACAUUUGGGUUUCUUCAGUCAUUGACUGAGCUGUUAUGAACAACCAGAGUGACUGAGUUAUUUAAACAUAUCAUUUGGUGAUUAUUCAACAUUUUAAAAGACCCAAAAGUAUAAUAGUGUUAAGUUAUGAUUAUUCAACAGGCUGUGUUGGUGAAAAAGUUUGAAGUACAUUGUACAACAUUUUUUAAAAUUUACAAUAGUCAGAUUAUAAUACAUAGACAACAUAAUGAGUAUGUAUUCUAAACCAGUCUGUAUUUAUUUAACACACAUCUGUAUGUGUUAACUUUUAAUGAGGGUUUAACAGGCUGUGGUUAUAGUCAAUUAUAUUAAGUAUAUUUUAUUUCAUUCAAUACCUUAUACAUUAUUUUUUACAAAGUAUUCAUUUUACAUGAUUAAAUUAUUUUAAACCAUU